AGUUUUUUCGAUAUUAUUUGUUAUUUAUAAGUGAACAGUAUUAAAAAGAUAAUUUACUGUCAUUUAAUUCAGUGUUAAUUCUAAUAAAAAAUGUCUGAAAUACGUAAACGUCACGGCGAAGGCGACGAUAAAACUCCAGAAAGUGCUGAAAGCGAUCAUGUGGACUCUGAAGACGACAACAAAUUACCUGGAACAACGGGAAAUAUAGAUUUAUCGAAAACAAUACCAAAAGGAACAGAUAAAACAUUACCAUUCUUACAAGAUGCACUCAGUUCAUUACCAGAUCGAUGGCGAAAUUGGGUUAUACGUGGCAUCUUCACAUGGUUGAUGAUUGGUGGAUUUUGUUUGCUAAUUUAUUUGGGUCCUUUAGCGCUUAUGAUAGCGACACUAGUCGUACAAGUCAAAUGUUUUGAAGAAAUCAUAAAUAUUGGUUACGCCGUAUACAGGAUACACGGCUUACCAUGGUUUCGUUCAUUAUCAUGGUAUUUCCUUUACACUUCUAAUUAUUUUUUUUAUGGAGAGAAUUUAGUGGAUUAUUUCGGUGUAGUCAUAAAUCGGACCGACUAUUUACGUGUGCUUGUCACAUAUCACAGAUUCUUUUCAUUUUGUUUAUAUUGCCUCGGUUUUGUAUGGUUUGUUUUAAGUUUGGUGAAAAAAUAUUAUAUGAAACAAUUUUCAUUAUUCGCAUGGACACAUGUGGCAUUGUUAAUUGUUGUCACACAAUCAUAUUUAAUCAUUGAAAAUAUAUUUGAAGGUUUAAUAUGGUUUAUUGUACCUGUAUCAAUGGUUGUCAUUAAUGAUGUUAUGGCAUACGUGUUUGGAUUCUUUUUUGGUAAAACACCAUUGAUACAAUUAUCACCGAAAAAAACAUGGGAAGGUUUUAUUGGCGGUGGUAUAUCAACAGUUCUUUUGGGCUUAGUGUUAUCAUGGUUCUUGAGCCAAUAUACAUACUUAAUAUGCCCAAUUGAGUAUAGUGAAACUUUAGGACGAAUGACAAUGGAUUGUGAACCAAGUUCACUGUUUCGGCCUCAAGAAUAUACUUAUCCAGCAUUUUUAGCCGGUAUUUUAGAAACACUUAACAUGAAAAAUACAUUCACAAUAUAUCCAUUUUUAUUACACUCAUUGUCAAUGUCCGUAUUCAGCAGUGUUAUCGGACCAUUUGGUGGAUUCUUCGCAUCCGGUUUUAAACGUGCAUUUAAAAUUAAGGAUUUCGGAGACGUAAUUCCAGGACAUGGUGGUAUAAUGGAUCGUUUCGAUUGCCAGUUUUUAAUGGCAACUUUUGUGAAUGUGUACAUCAGCAGUUUUAUACGUUCAGCAAGUCCUCAAAAAUUAUUAGCUCAAGUAUAUAAUUUAAAACCAGAACAACAGCUACAACUAUUUCACACAUUAAAAGAUGCGUUGGAAGCUAGAAAUAUAUUAAAUACUCAUUAAUUGUUGGACAGUUAUUGAGAGAGAUGAUAAAAUAAAACGAUCAUAGAAAAUAUAUAUGUUAAUUAUAUAUAA